AUGGAGCCUCCUCCAACUGACGAAACGUAUCCCCGGCAACCUGCUCGUGCACCGCCACCCGUACCUCAACUGCCACCGAUCCAAGCUUCUUAUAAGCCGUGCCACCAGUGCCACGCAAAUACGAAGACCUUCAUCUGCAUUCAAUGCAACAACCUCUCAUUCUGCGACAUUUGUUGGUCAACCUGGAUCCUACAUGCUGAUGGCGCCACUGGCUGGGGCGGCCGACCACAUGAGAAGUCGGAUCCUCAUGUUAUCACACGCCUUCGAGGCAUCCUGGAACCCACUACUUCAGAUGCAGAUCAUGAGAAGAGUCUCGAGUUGGAUGAUGAUACAACUUGGUUCGGUGUUGUUCGCGACCCAUCCCAACAACAAGUCUUCCAAGACUACGGGAGAUUCGCCGCCCUUAUGAGCGAGAGCCAGAGCGAGGAGUCUGAGGAUCGUUUCCCGCAACUAAUUUCCUUUAUCGGCCAGACAGGCGCCGGGAAGAGCACGUUAAUUAAAAUUCUAAUUGAGCGUGCUCAAGCUGAGAGUAGAAAUAAGCUGCCCUCCCCUGUUACCUCUUCUGCCAAUGACCGAUUGGCGACUACGGGCGAUGUUCACCUCUAUGGAGAACCUUCAUCUUUCCAUUCCCAAGUUCCCAUGCUCUUUGCGGACUGUGAGGGCCUCAAUGGUGGCGAAAGAAUCCCCCGGGGACUGAGGCACCGCACAUUUACUAGGGAUGAGGCCUCAGGUAUCAGGCCCACUUUACGGCCUCUGUUGCAUGUUGAGUCUAAAGCUAAGCUCAAAAAGUCUCGGUAUAGUUCACAGCGUAACAUACUGUGGGCAUCCACUCCAGCGAUGAAGAAGCGGGAAUUCUCUGUCACGCAGCUAUACCCUCGCCUUCUCUACACAUUUUCUGAUGUUGUCGUUUUUGUGCUUCGGAAUCCUAGGGCCUUCGAAUCUACUCUUCUUGAACAGAUCUUGGGCUGGGGCGCCGCCUCUAUUGACAAGUCUGUAAACCAGCCAACCUUACCCCAUGCUGUCAUUGUCCUCAACGCGACUGAAGACGUAGACGACAAGGAAUGGGACAUCAAGACGGCCACAGAGCUCCUCAUGAAUGACGUUCGAAGUGCCAUCCGUCAAGUGCCGCAAGUCGAGGAGUAUGCCAGAAUCUGGAAACAGAGGGGACGCAACAUUUCAUCAACUCACGACUUACUCAAAUGCUACUAUGCCUCUGUUGGUGUCGUAAGAGUGCCUGCUCGUGGCCGGUAUAUGCUGAUGGACGAGCAAAUCGAGAAAUUGUUCAAACUGAUCCAGCUCAAAUGUGAAGCAUCACUCCUGAACAAAAAGAGGCUUCGCAUGCUUGCGACAGCAGAAAAGCUUCAGAUUUACCUCCAAGCAGCUUUCGAUCACUUUGCUCAGAACCUGACGGUUCCCUUUGACUUCAUCAAAGAAGCCCUGAAGCACAACCCUGAAAACCCACAUGAUCAACCUCAUUACAACGCCGCCCAUGUCUUCACUGACAUGUCACCAAUGCUGGCGUCUUGCUUUCACUUGGACUCUGUCCGCCAGAAUCUACUAGGAACCACGGACCGACUUUUAAGCGAUGUAUAUAUUGAGUUCUGUGAGUAUGCCAUCAAGGUAUUCUCUGAUAUUUACUUGCCUUGUGAGUUCCAAAAUUCUCGAGGAAGAUGCUGCAAUAGGCGUCUUGGACAUAGCCCAAAAGGACAUCAAAGCGAAUCCGGGAGGAUUAUUGCACCUGGUAGCUAUGAAUCAUCCUUUCAGCGACAACAAGUUUUGGAAGAGUGGCUGGCUUCUAUCCGAACUCAUCUACAAGACAUUGAAGUCAAAUUCGACGACCAGACUCAUCAGUAUAGCCAUUUAUCUAAUGCAACUAUUGCGGCAGACAUGCACCUCCAGGAGAUUAAUCGGUUUUACUCUACUAUCGGAGGAGCGUGCAAAUUCCUGAGCCAUGAAACUUGUCUCGCUUGUUUGAGAGAGUUACCAGAACAUGCUCUCCCGUGUGGACACAUCCUCUGCAACCCAUGUGUGUUGGCACAUGGCAAGAAAAUAUCUCCCACGGUGAUUUUACUGCAGAAAUGCCCCCUUCACUACACUGACUCCUUCUGGGAGCCACCCUGGCAGAUCAAUGUGAAGCCUCCUCAUGCUGGAGUGAGAAUUCUGUGUCUUGACGGAGGUGGCUUCCGUGGAAUUGUCUCCCUACUUGUGCUUCGAAACAUUGAAAGGUAUCUCAGUCCAGAGUUACCAAUUCAAUCCUUCUUCGAUCUUAUCGUAGGCACAAGCACCGGAGGAAUUAUUUCACUUGGACUUGGGGUCAACAAUUGGACUGUCGAAGACUGCAUUCAGACUUUCCGAGAGCUUUGCCACCAGGCUUUUACACCUCGUGAAAUGAAAGGAGUGCCCGUACUCGAACAACUUGCCGUUAUCAGCCACGGAAGUAUGUACAAGACCAAACCCUUUGAGGAAUUGCUCAAGGAGAAAUUCGGUCGAAAUCGGCCAUUAUUUGGAGGCUCGUUGGUUGAAGGUCCGCAAGAGCCAGGGGAAAUGGCGACAAAGGUUGCAGUAACAUCGACUAUCUCAGUAGACCAGCAUGCUGUUGUUAUUUCAAACUACAACAGGCCUGAGAAUCCCAUGUUGAGCACACCAUAUCGGUUUCAGAGAGCGCCGCAGCCAGACAAGGAAAUGAAAGUUUGGGAAGCAGCAAGAGCAACAGCCGCGGCACCGCCCUUUUUCAAGCCCUACGAGAAACCCGAGACCAAAGAGAUGUAUCUUGAUGGCGCUUUGUAUCACAACUGUCCAGUUUGGGUUGCCCAUCAUGAGAAGAGAUUAAUCUGGGGUGAUGUAGGUAGCCGCCUCCCCGACGUCCUUGUUUCUGUUGGAACCAGCUUCCAUAAACAUGACUCUACAGGUGAUCCGGCAGGGCGUCUCUCACCCCACCAUAAACAAAAGACGAGCAAGCCGUCUCUGAUUACACAGCUAUAUCAGACAGGCAGUGGGAGACUUGGUGAUAUUCUCAACUGCAAUCGUAUCUGGGAGUCAUUUUUGACUGAAAACUCUCAGCUUCAUGGCCGUUCCAUUCCGGAUGGAGAGCAACGCUACGUAAGAAUCAACCCUGAACUCGGCGACAAUGUGCCCAGACUUGACGAUGUGUCAAUGAUGGAAGAGAUUGAGCGAAAGACCUCCAGGUACCUGAGGCAAAACAAAGAACUAGUCAAAGAAACCGCAUAUCGCCUUAUCGCCAGUACCUUUUUCUUUGAAACGGAUCCUAGUCGAAUUAAACAUGUUGGGAAUGGAUUCAGAUGUCAAGGCCGUAUUCUUUGUAGGUUUGUUGACCGGUCGGAUGAGAUCAAAGCCCUCGGAAGGUUUCUCCAGACUCGGGUCAGUGGAAGUUUCGAGCCCUAUUUCACCAUUCAGGAACAGGGCUAUCCUAAUGACGGGAUCACAAUACCGCUUUCAGAGGAGAUCAUCAACACCAUGUGCGUCAGGGGAAACUUCGAACUAGAUUCAAUCGAUUUCCGUGCAAACAAGGAGAUCUCCCCUAUCCAUAUGUCCUUGUGUCUUCAAGACAGCUCAACAUCUGGUUCAAAUGACAGAUAUUUUCCCAUCAGCGGAUUCCCACGAGAGCUGGUGGACGAUCAUAGACAUCUAGUGCCACCACGAACGCCCGUGAAUGGUGGAAUUCGUCGUGAGCCGAGUGGCAGGAGGAGGUUCUGGGAUACUAGAACGAUGCAGAGUAUGGCCAGCAUUGAUGAGCAGGACUUAGAUGCUCUUAGCAACUUAACAUUAAGUCAAAGGCUCACAAAUCUGAAAAAUGGUAGUAAUAUGUUUAACGUAAGCCCUUCUGAGACAGACCAGGUUUACGAGCUUGAAGGCUAG